AUUUCCUUUUUUGGCCACUUGCACCAGCAAUCAGAGUGGACGGAGCGUAAACAGCAUGUCCAUUGAACGACCAUGGGAGUUGAUAAGUACAAAAAUGAAGGGUGAUAUUUAAGAACGGGACACGAAAUAGGAAAACCCACAUAUCCUCCACAAACCGGGCAGUCCAUUCCUUCUUCUCUCUCCUUCAACCCCCAGUCCUCAACCAUGCCCGACUACGACAAGUCUCGGGAACUUUCCAUUGAGAUUCUCGACGAACCCCAUCUUGAGACCUUGAAGCGGGCAAUUUCCAACAUCAUAUCCACACAGGCUGCCGAAACAGUGUACGCUCAAGUCGUGGACGGCCUGCCGCUGAGAGAAGCCCUUAGGGGGCCCAGAGCCAGCGACCUCCCGAUCAAGCACCCGAUCCGGACCUGUCACAGCGACCUCUGCCUAGGCGUGCUGGAGAAGGUGCAUGAGUUCCGUGACGCCUUCCAGCCCGAAAUCCUGAAAUUCGACAGCAGCGUACUCCUUGCAUACCAGGCUGCGGGCCUGGGGUCGAAGGCUUUCAACACACGGCUGAUCGAGCUGGUCGCCCUGGCAGUCCACCAGAUCGCCGUCAUUCUUUUUAAUCUUGACACGAGCUUGCACAAAGAAGAUGGUGUCAUUGAAUGGGUACCGCCAAAAGACGACUGGAGGUACUGGGAUAAGCACCUGAACGGACCCCUCCCAACGCUCAUGUAUCAUCUGUGGUAUGUGGAUUUUGAGCAGUACCCAGAGGGAGCAGCAGACAUGGUCGGAUUUUGGGCCGAGAACCAGAUUUUGGGUGGCGUUGCCCUCUUCGACCGCCGACCUGAGACCGAAGGGGGCGAGCCGGGCGCGGUGUACUGGCAUCCAAGCCGUGUUGGCGUCACUUACAGGAUCUGCAAACUCCGUCCUGACCAGACGCAGAAGCUACUGGACUUUCUUCUCGCCACUGAGCCUCAGGAGACCACGCCUUUGCCCAUAUUGCCCGGAAUGGAGAAUUUGAGUCGGGUUGAUCCAGAAGAGCACAUCAUGGAAACUGGCAUCUUUAGGCACAGCUGGGAGCGCAAGAAGCUCCCACCUCCGAAUGCAACUGACCUAAGGCUGAGAGAUGUCCACAACUUGGUCGAUUUUCCGACUGCGGAGGAUAAGGCUGCAGCUUCAUCGCGGGCGUACGAAGCCAAGUACAGGGGGGAUCUCGCUGAGGCUCUGGGGCUGGAAGGCGAGGAUCUGGAACGGGAAAUACUGAGACGGGACAAUCUUUAG